ACACUGAACGCCGAACACCGAACGCUGCGGAAGAGAGCCGACCUUCAUCUAAUCCAUCUCCAUCCCGCUCCGCCGAACAAUCCACCCCCACCCCGCCAUGGCCUCCAGCGCAGAGAAGUUCACCGGUUCCGGGUCCGGCUCCGGCCCCGGCCCCGGCCACGACGACGAUCACGGACAAGGAGACGGCCUGUUCCUCCCAAUGGCAAACGAUCCCCACCAGCGCCGACGGGACGGCUCCGGAUCGCGCGUCAAAAGGGGCAUUCGCAUCCGCGGCUGGCCUCGGCCCCAUCGGUCCGGCCUGUUCCACCACCAAGCCAGCUCCGCCCCCGGGCCGGGCCCGGCGCCGGGAGGACAACCCCGAGCUCCGCUCAGACCCGACCCCUGGUGGAAAAUCCACCUCUUCCGCGGCAUGGUGAACGACGUCCGCAAGAGGGCGCCCUACUACCUGAGCGACUGGCGCGACGCGUGGAACUACCGCGUCGUGCCCGCGACGGUGUACAUGUUUUUUGCCAACAUCCUGCCUGCGCUGGCCUUCUCGCUCGACAUGUUCAACAAGACCGACAUGCACUACGGCGUCAACGAGGUGCUGCUUGCCUCCGUCCUCGGCGCCGUCGUGUUCUCUGUGCUCGCCUGUCAGCCGCUGGUCAUCGUGGGCGUGACGGGGCCGAUUACCGUGUUCAACUAUACGGUGUACGACAUCAUGGUGCCGACGGGCACCAACUAUCUCGCGUUCAUGUGCUGGGUCGGAUUAUGGGCCCUCGUGUUCCACUGGAUGCUCGCCGUCACCAACUCGUGCAACUGGCUGCGCUACGUGACUCGCUUUCCCUGCGACACGUUCGGCUUCUACGUUGCCUUCAUCUAUCUCCAGAAGGGCAUCCAGAUCCUGCAGACCCUGGGCGACGAGGAACCCUUCUACCUGUCCGUCGUCGUCGCUCUGCUCGUCUUCGCCAUUGCCUACAUCUGCGGCCAGCUUGGCCGGAGCAGCCUCUUUCGGCAUCCCGUGCGCGUUUUCCUCAAGGAUUACGGCACGCCCCUGACCGUGGUCUUCUUCACCGGGUUCGUCCAUAUGGGAAAGAUGAGGCAGAUCUCCCUCGAGACGCUUCCGACGGGCGCGGCGUUCAUGCCCACCGUGGCAGAAAGGGGUUGGUUCGUCCACUUCUGGGACAUUCCCUUGGGCGACGUGUUCAUCGCGAUACCGUUUGCCCUCUUGCUGACCGUCCUCUUCUGGUUCGAUCACAACGUAUCCUCCCUCAUCGCUCAAGGCACCGAGUUCCCCCUGAAGAAACCCGCCGGCUUCCACUGGGACCUCUUCCUCCUCGGCCUGACCACCGGCAUCGCCGGCCUCUUGGGCCUGCCCUUCCCCAAUGGCCUGAUCCCCCAAGCCCCAUUCCACACAGAGUCCCUCUGCGUCACCGAGGCGGUCCCCUCUACGGCCCCCACUUCCGAUGACUCCGACAACAACGACAACGCCAACAACGCCAGCGACAACGGCAAACGCGCCUUCACCCUCCGCGCCGCCUACGUCGUCGAGCAGCGCGUGUCCAACCUCGCGCAGGGCCUCCUGACCCUCGUCGCCAUGACCGGGCCCCUGCUCACCGUGCUGCACCUCGUCCCGCAGGGCGUGCUGGCCGGCCUGUUCUUCAUCAUGGGCUUCCAGGCCCUCGAGGGCAACGGCAUCACCGCCAAGCUGCUCUUCCUGCUCCGCGACGCCUCCCUCACUCCGCCCAACCACCCGCUCCGCCGGAGGGAGCUCGUCCGCCGCCGCGCCGUGUGGCUGUUCGUCCUGGCCGAGCUGGUCGGGUUCAGCGCCACCUUCGCCAUCACGCAGACCGUCGCCGCCGUCGGCUUCCCCGUCGUCAUCCUGCUGCUGAUUCCCGUCAGGGCCGUGCUGCUGCCCAGGUGGCUCGCGCCGGAGGAGUUGGCGGUGCUAGAUGAGCCGACCGCGAGCCCGUUCACGAUGGAGAGCGUCGGCGGGACGUUCGGUGGCGGCAGCGGCCGGGAUGUAGUUCUGAACGCGCCGGAGGGGGAGUCGGGCGAGGAGACGGAGCGGUCGAGGAAGAAAGAGGGAUCUGGCGCUGCCGGUCGCGGAGCGUUGUUGACGGCCGGGAGGAGCGACGAAGAGCUUGCGGAGCUUGGGGAGAGUCGAUCGGGUGCUGUGAGGAGGAGGUUGAGUACUCUCCAUCGUGAGGGUAGUGCGUAGAACCGGUCGUGGCAUGGGCCGUGACGGUCUUCGUUCGUUUCCGGUCGUUGUCUGGGGUUUCUUGUGUGUCGUUAAGUGAGCGUGAGUGAGAGAGUCUGGAUGACGUCGGCGCCGAAUACACGGGGGUUGGAUACGAGAACUAAUAAGACCGGGGGGAUAUCAUCAUUGCUGAAGGCUCGUCUUUUGUGUUGGUCGUCGAGUUGGCAGCCAACGGAGCGUUGUGAUGCCCUACAU